UGAGUUCGAGGUGUGUCGCCUGCUUGCCUUGCGGGUGCUAGCCAGGUGUUUACGCCGCCGCAGCGGAGACCAUUACGAUCGCGGACCAGCUGUCCUCGAGGAGAUGCUGCGGGUUCGGUGCCUGCGCGGCGGGAGCCGCGGGGCCGAGGCGGUGCAUUACAUGGGAUCUCGGCUUGGAAGAGUUUUUACAGGAUGGGUGCAGCGAACUUUCCAGAGCACCCAGACUGCAGCAGCCUCCAGAAACUCCUUUGCUGCUGAUGACAAGGCCACAGAUCCUAUUCCUAAGGACUGCCCUGUCUCCUCCUAUAAUGAAUGGGACCCACUUGAAGAGGUGAUUGUAGGCAGAGCUGAAAAUGCCUGUGUUCCACCAUUCACUGUGGAAGUUAAGGCCAACACAUAUGAAAAGUAUUGGCCAUUUUACCAGCAACAUGGAGGCCAGUAUUUUCCCAAGGAGCAUCUGAAAAAGGCUGUUGCUGAAAUUGAAGAAAUGUGCAAUAUUUUGAAAAUGGAAGGAGUGACUGUUAAGAGGCCUGAUCCCAUUGACUGGUCUUUCAAGUACAAAACACCAGAUUUUGAGUCUACAGGUUUGUAUGGUGCAAUGCCCAGAGACAUUCUGAUUGUAGUUGGAAAUGAAAUCAUUGAAGCUCCCAUGGCAUGGCGUGCACGCUUCUUUGAGUAUCGAGCAUACAGAUCAAUUAUCAAAGAUUAUUUCCAUCGUGGGGCUAAGUGGACAACGGCUCCUAAGCCCACAAUGGCUAAUGAGCUUUAUGACCAGGAUUAUCCAAUCCACUCUGUAGAAGACAGACACAAAUUGGCUGCUCAGGGAAAAUUUGUGACUACUGAAUAUGAGCCAUGUUUUGAUGCUGCUGACUUCAUUAGAGCUGGAAGAGAUAUUUUUGCACAGAGAAGCCAGGUAACUAAUUACCUGGGCAUUGAGUGGAUGCGUAGGCAUCUUGCUCCAGACUAUAGGGUGCAUAUCGUCUCCUUUAAAGAUCCCAAUCCAAUGCAUAUUGAUGCCACCUUCAAUAUCAUUGGGCCUGGUCUUGUGCUUUCCAACCCUGACCGGCCCUGUCAUCAGAUUGAACUUUUCAAGAAAGCAGGAUGGACUAUAGUUACUCCUCCAACUCCAGUCAUCCCAGAUGACCACCCACUCUGGAUGUCAUCCAAAUGGCUCUCCAUGAAUGUCCUAAUGUUGGACGAAAAACGUGUUAUGGUGGAUGCCAACGAAGUUCCAAUUCAAAAAAUGUUUGAAAAACUGGGUAUUUCGACAAUCAAAGUUAAUAUUCGUAACGCCAAUUCAUUGGGAGGAGGUUUCCAUUGCUGGACCUGUGAUAUUCGUCGACGUGGCACCCUGCAAUCCUACUUUGACUAGAAUUGGCCAGAUGAGUGGUGGUGGCUGCUUAGCUUGAAAUAAGGCUAGUCAGCUUAGGUAUAAGCUUCAUUCUACUGCUAAAACAAAUGCAUGAGCUAGCUAUAUAGUGCUUUAAGCAAUCAUGUCCUUAACCCCAGAGUCUUGAACCUAGUUUAUUGUCACUCGCUUCCAUAUAAGGGAAAAAAUCUUAAUUGCUAAGUCUUUGGGCUGACUUUUUGAAACACUUUUGUUUCUACUCCUGAAGUCCUAUUCACUUUGGCUUCAAGUGUGAACCUGACAAUGUGUUUCAAGGCAAAGGUUAGCUGCUAGAAUAACUUGGCCACUAAUGUUUAACCGUCUACCUCUGUUUAAUUUUCUAUCCAUAAGGCAGCUUGAAAUGAUAGCCCUGAAUUUAACAUUCUUUUUUUUUUCUCUAUUAAGUAGUGUUAUAUUUAAUUUUCUAUCCAAAAGGCAGCUUGAAAUGAUAGCCCUCUGUUAAGUAGUUUUGUGUAUCUUACUUUGGGUCCAGAUAACUGCCUCUUUUUCUAACAGUAUUUUGGGUUAAUUUUUUAUUUCCAUUUUUUAAGAUAAGCUAAACUAUGCAAACAUCAAAGGGAAUUCUCCAGGAAUUUAGUUAAUAUUCUCAUCUCAACAUUUUAACAUUAGUGUUAUUUGCUUCUAAAAACAUUUUCAUAUGACUUACCUUAUUUCAAAUGAAAUGUUUUGUCCACAUUUCCUGUUAUUUCCAAAGUUCUUACAGAAAUAUUCAAUGCAGCAAGAUAUAAUUGUAAUUUCCCAUCUCUAACUUUUUGGUGUGUUCAGUAGCUAUACACGACUACAUCUGUAAGUUUUCUUUCUUUGGUAAGUUAAGAUGUUUACGUAAGUGCAGAUUCUUUAAAGCAUAGCUGAGAGAUAAGAGUAUUCAGUAAUUAAUGGAAAAGAACCUAUAUGCAUACAUAUGACCUGGUUUUAAUGUUGGAUACCAGACAUGUAUUUUUUAUGCUAAUAAAAAUUUUU